AUGAACGCCAUUCUUGCGGUAGCAUUGUGCGUCAUCGCUGGAGUCUCGGCUCAGUACAACUACCAAGGGGAUAUUGGAGUUCCCCAGAACUACUACAGCAACCAGUACAACUCCGGUUACAACGGCCAGUACAACAACCAGUACCAAGGCCAGUACAAUGGUCAGCAAAUGACUGGACCUACUAAGGCCAUCGCUGAUCCUCGUUGCCCACGCACGGAUGAUCCGAUGCGCCCGGUUCACCUGCCGUACAACGGCAACUGCGCCAAGUUCUUGAAGUGUACCGGGGGCAUGGGCUUCGUCAUGGACUGCCCUGCUGGACUGGACUUCAGUGCCCGCAUGAACCGUUGCGAUUAUCCGGGUGUGGCUCAGUGCCCUUUUAUCGUUUUUGCUGCCAUCGUGUCGGCCGUUGCCGCUUUCCCGCAGUACCCCGAGUACUACAGCAACGUCCAGGAGCCUCGCUUCGAGCCGUACUACGCCCCACAGCAAAUGGAGCCCCAGUACCAGCCGCAAUACCAGCCCCAGGGCGAGAAGCUGAGCCCGGACGGUUACAAGAUUGUGCCCGGAGUCGUUGAUGCCCGCUGUCCCCGUGCCGACGAUCCGAUCAAGCCGGUCCACCUGGCCGUCAACGGAAACUGCCACAAGUUCAUGAAGUGCUUCGGUGGCCGUGCCUACGAGAUGGACUGCCCGGCUGGGAACACAUAUCUGCUGACGUGUUUGGCUGGGUAUCACUUCUCACCCAUUACGUUGCGAUGUGAGCCUCCGGAAGAGGCGCUAUGUGAUCCGGAUUUUGCAACAACAAUAUCAAGCGUGCCAAAUGAACCGACGCUUCCGACAACGCCAAGUCCCACGUAUCCAUCCGAUGCGACUACCACAGUUACGACAAUGGAAUCAACUUCACCGCCCACAACAACAACUACAAUGGAAACAACCUACGAGACCACGAGUACGUCUAUGGUGUCCACGGAGCAUCCAACCGAUACCACAGUUACCGGAUCCUCGCAAUCUCCGGAGACAACGACAACCGGACAAUUGACCACCGAUACAACCUUCACGGUUCCGACCGUUCCUACUGCUGCACCUCCCACGGUACCAACUGCGCCACCAUCUACGACAACCACGCCAGUUUCAACGACGGAAACCGAAACCACAGGAACAACGACGGUCAUGAGUUCCACAGAAAUCGACGAAACCAGUACACAGAGUUCCAGUACUACCAGUGCUACUAGUGAACCUACACCAACUGAUGAACCUGGAUCUUCAGUCACGGAGCCAGAAAUUACACAAUCUAUCGGUUCGAUUGCUUUGCACGUGAACGCGCAAGGAAAGUUGGAUCCUCGCUGCCCCCUAGUGGAUAACCCGAACAACCCAACCCAGCUGCCACACGAAACCGACUGCGGCCUGUUCUAUACCUGCUCGUGGGGCUAUGCAUACUUGAAGCAAUGUCCAGUAGGCCAACACUUCUCUGUUGCCCUUCAGCGGUGCGAGAAUCCGUACGUCGCACAAUGCACCCUCAGUGGAGGUACUACCACGACGGGAGCUACUCUGCCAACAACUACAACAACAACUACGACAACAACAACAACCACUACCACAACUGCCCUCCCAACUACCACGACGACCCAGCCCACUACGACGACAACUACGACAGCGGCUCCAACUACCACGACGGGAUCUCCAACCGUUCCGACUCCGGUACCAACGGCUCCUACUCCAGGAUCUACAACAUCGACGACCAGCGCCAGUACGGUAACCACCACCCCUACCACCAGCUCUACCACUGCGGCUACUACGUCUACUACGUCUGCCACGUCCGCGAUACCAACGGCUCCCACCCUGGCGUCUUCAUCUACCGUGGCAAGUGUGACGACCACGACUCCUGUCGGUUCCCAAACCACGGUUCCUACGGCUCCAACACCGACGCAGACAGUGCCGACCGCUCCGACGCCAGGAACUGCGACUGCUACAACGUCCCAAGUGACCACUACGCAGAGUAACACAAUUCCGACGGUUCCCACGGCUGGACCUCCUACGGUUCCAACUGCCGCAUUCUAG